AUGAAUACUAUUUCUAUACUCGCUGCUCUUCUAUUUUUACUUUUGGUAGUUAGUUCAAUUGAAGCUAAAACCAAACAACAACUUCGUAAUACCAAUGAACGUCCAGGUGCAUGCCCAUCAACAAAUUCAUCUCUUCAUAUUCACUGUCGCCGUCGUGUGUGCCUUGAAAGCGAGUUAAAGUCAGGUUGCCAAAGUGAUGAUGCUUGUCCAGGAGCAAAAAAAUGUUGUCGUCCUAUGUGUUCAUGCAAAAAAGAUUGUGUUGAAGCUGUUUAA